AUGGUUUUCCUUGCUGGCACCAACGAGGAAGGUCUCGGCCUCGCCGGUAAACCCUCUCCUCUUCUCUCGGUUCUGGUUUCACGACCUACUCCGUUCCUUACGACACCAGGGCCGAGUACAGCUCUACCAUUACCGCGGGUGCCACUCUCGUCGCCAACUACAUUUCUUCUCAAGCUGCCAAGUGCCCCAGUCAGGUCUUUGUUCUUGGAGGAUACUCCAAGGGUGCCAUGGUCAUUCACCGUAAGACUGUUCCCCUUAUUUUCUCCAACACUUGCUAAGAUCCUCGAAACAAAAAGGUACUUCGCUCCUUCCACUCUCAAGGCCAAGGUCAAGGCCAUCGUCGUCUUCGGAGACCCAUACCGCAGCUCGAGCAGCACCUGGCCCAUCAACUCCCCAGUCGUCGACUCGGCUCCUCGCGACGGAAGCACUGCGUCCCAGAACGUGGCGAGCUUCUGCAACUCGGGUGACUUGUUCUGUGACGGCGGAUUGAGCGUUCCUGCUCACCUUGCUUAUGGAACUGAUGGAAGCACCACUGUUGCUGCCACUUUCAUCAAGAACAAGGUCGCUUAA